AUGCUUCUUGCCAUAGUGGUCAUCAUUCCAAAGUCAGCCAUUUUGUCCAUCAGGAACUGUCUGCUCGCCGAACACAUUCCGCAAGUGAUCUUUGGGACAGAAGCACAGCUUGGUCUAGCUUUGGGGCUCUUCGGUGAAAUAUUGAGGGGGCAUUCAUCGCCAUGGUCCAGCUACCUGCAAUCACUACCAAAACUUGUCAACAUCGCAUUAUUUUGGGAUGAAAACAACGAAGACGAGAAAGUCGCCCUAAAAUGGAUUGAGGGUACUAUGGCCGAAGUAGAGCGGUCAACUCAUACGCUUUUGACGGCGUCUGGCUUGCAUAACAAGUUCAAGCGCACACAAACGGAUCUUCUUUCGUAUUAUGAGUUCACCGCUCUCCCUGCGCUUGCGAAAGUAAAAUUGGAUGAGAAUGCAACCCUUGAAGGUUUCCAACAUGCGUUUGCGCUGGUAUCCUCCCGCUCGUUCAUUGUUGACGCCUAUCAUGGCCUUGCGAUGGUACCCAUAGCCGAUGCUUUCAAUCAUAGCUCGGAAAACCAUGUCCACCUCGAGAGUGAUCACGAAGUUUGCCGUGUUUGCGGGUCUCUCAAACAGUGUCCACAUGAUAUCGAAGACGAAGGCAGCGAUGAAUCCGUCACUCUGCUGAAAGACCAAGGUUUAAAUGACUUGAACGACCUGGAGAAUACAUGUGAGAUGGUGACAAAUGAUUUCGUUCCUCCUUUCUCAGAAGUAUUCAACACCUACGGUGAACAUUUAACAAAUGCACAACUCCUUGUGCGAUAUGGAUUUAUUCUCGAUAUUAACGAGAACGAUGUCUUGCUAUGGAAUGCACGACAACUAUGCAGCUUCAUGGACUCUUUUGUCUCCAGAUCGAGUAGGGGCAGUGAAAUUUGCUCUGAUGAGCAACCGGCAUCUAAAGAUCGUGAUCGGAGAAGGUAUGAUAUCUUCGUGGAACAAACGUUGAAAACCGCAGGUAGAGUGGGCGAGCGCGAGCGUCAACGCGCCCCGGGUUCUCGGUUCAGCGAUGGCAAAACAGUUUCGCGCACAGAAAAUACUGACCCAGGCGACGACGAUCCAGUCACUGGAGUGGACCAGGUCAUUCUAGAACGUCUUCAAGAAGUUGUUGAGCUAUACGCUCCCGGAGACACUAUCUUGAGUGACUCAGACUUGGUCUUCUUCCCUAACGCUCGAGAUGGGACACGUCACAAUGACUUUGAUAGGGGAGAUGCAAACCUGACAUUACAAAAUCGUCCCGCACUCGAAGCUCGUUCUUGUAACUCUGAUGGCAACUUAGAAGCUUGCAGAAGAAGCUUCGAUAUUCAUAAACAGUCGAAUGACCUUCUCCAAAACCGUUCUGCACAGCCAGACGGUUACAAAACGCGCAACGGCCGCACUAUUUUAACGGCUGCCCCUGCCGUCCUAAGUCUAGGCUGGCCUGUAGCCUGGAAUUACCAGACUUUUAGACUAGGGCAACAAAUAUUAUUACAAAACGCCAGGAGAAUUAAGAAUGGACACCAACCGCUAUACUUCGUUCUGGACAGCGAAGCAAAAAUUUCGCACCAUUUAUGGUUGUUUUGUGUUUUAUUUGCAUUGCAUGAGGAGCGGCUCCGCUCUGCGUGUACGGAUGUUGAUUCGGAUCCACAAUCCCGCAUGGAAUACAUUCAACAUUUGCCGAGAAGGGAUGGAGCUGAAAGAUGCGCCACCCUAGAGACUACGUUUUCAUACUCAUCCCAGAAUGAAUGGCGGCACGCCGGCAAAACCCCUGCUGAAUAUGAUUCAAAACAAAUAAGGCUGAUGACAAGUGUCGAGGAGGAUCUUGCGCUUCUGUGGAGUAUUGCAUGCGUUCAGAAUAAACUGGGGCAUUUGGGUUCGGAGAUUAAUGCUGGGAUAGGUUUACAACACUUCAGCCGGGUAGGACGAAUCCAUUCGUGGGUACCAUCAUCGGAAGACUCUGCGAUGAAGAUCGAGCAAGCGUCGCGCGUUACACUACCCAACCUGAUUGCUGAAGAUUUGUCAAGUUCUUCCUCCCCAUUGGCCUCAUCCUUGCUGGACAGGAACCCAAUUCAAUUCGGUAUAGGGCUCCAGAAGAGACUUUGUCCAGAAGCAGUGCGGUGCACCGAAGAGAGAUACAUCCUAGCGGAGUGCCAAAACGCACAAGAUCAAGGACUUCCAACCAGUGUAUUGCCUGCGCGAAUCCGCAUAAGAAGAAGCGGACAUGAUGGUGAUGUGAAAAAUCAUACUGAUACUGAAGAGCAAGAAGAAGCUGUCAAAGAUACACAUGAAAAUACAAGCAAUGUCAGCUUUGAGACGAAAUUAGGACAAUUCAGAGAACCUUUUCACGUCGAGAGCCAACAGGACCGAAGACAAGGCGUCGCUUUGCUGUCCAGUCUACUUUGUGAUUACGGCGCUGCAUCUGAUGCCGAAUCAGACGAUGCAACACACGCUUAUAACAGUCCUUAUGCUCAACCCUCAUCGGCGGUCGACGGUGGCUGUCAAGCGGAAAACCAAGGCGAAGAAUGCCCGACCUCGCAAGAACGUGGCCAAAUAUCAGAACAGCUGGCUAAUUGUCCUGAAAAGGAAACCGAUAUGUCUGGCUUUCGUGAUCGACACGCCGAAGCCGGCUCGAAGCGUUCUAUUUCUGACCUCGCAACGGCUGCUGACGCGAAAUUGCAGAAUGAUCCGAAGGAGCGUGACACCGAUUCUGCCUUCUGCGACGCGUCGGUCGUACAACUGAUCGCGUCAACGGCACGUGUCGUGUCCGCAUUGUGCGAGACGCGUUAUCGUGGCAUGGCGCAUUCCAAUCUGAGCGUCGCAGAGCUCGGCGAGGUCGUUGAUGCAAUCCCGCCUGAAAUGACACAGGCGCGUAUGGCGGCACAGCUUGCACUAUCAGAACGCACACGUCUCGAAGCAUGUAUUGCUGCGUGGCAUGAGAUUAGUCCUGCAGUAUCCCGAAUGGGGCUUAGCGAACUAGCUCCAAAGAAGUAG